GGAUUGGAUCAAGGGUUGGACUUGAUGAUCUCGGAGGUUUUUUCCAACCCAGCUGAUUCUGUGAUUCUCUGAUUCCCAUUCCUAUGGCAGCACAUGCUUGAGGCUCUAUCCCCAGGGUGAUUGAGAUGUCUGUCCAUAUCUAUCUCCAAGGUUAGUGUGUAAAUGUGUGGUGUUAGAAAAGCAGGCUGAGUUCUGGGCUGGUUGUAGAAGGAGAAGGAAGCCCAGAGGCCAGUGCAAGCAGGCAGCCCUCAGCUUGCACCUGAUGUCCCCUCCCUGCAGGUUCCUGUCCUUGAGCCCAGGCCCUGAGGUGAGGCUGAGAAGUGGCGCGGAAGUGAGCCCAGAGCUGUCCCUGAGGUGAGGCUGAGAAUAAGUGCAAGGCAGAGGUGCUGCUGAGGAAGGAGAGCCCAGUGGUGAGGAAGAAGUGAAGCUGUGAAUGCCCAUCCCUGAGCAGGUGCUGUGUCCAUCCCCUGUGUGCCAGGAUUUGUCCUUCCCAAAGCUUGGGCGGAUGGAGGAGGAGGCUGCGAGGAAGAGGAAGAUGCCUUGGGCCCCCCAGGCAGGUGAGGAGGAAGUCAGUGUCCCUUUGGGCGGGUGUUGUGCUGGCUCUGUCAGCCGAGCAUGGCCCCGGCUGCAGGACAACCCCGCUGGCGCCGCCGUCCUGCCGGGGCCGGAGUUGGGGGGAUGUCCUUGGCCUUCCCUGUGGGCUGGAGGCAAAUCCCCUGCCUGUCCUUCUUGCUUCCUGCCCCAGGCCCCGAGCUGAGGACGGAGAGCCCGGAGGACAAAUCCCCCCGUGAGACCCUGGUGGGAGAGGCUGUUUUGAAGGGCUCCCCGGCGCAGGAAGGCAGCGGGGAGGAAAAGGGCCGGAGAUCCCCCCGCAGGAGGGUCUCCAAAGCCAUCCCAGGGUGUUCUGAGGAGGAAAGACCCAGCCUGUGCCAGGAAGGUGGCCGGAGCUUGAGGCAGAGCUCUGACCUGGUGGUCCCUGAGCAGCCUCCCAGCAGGGAGAAACCCUUCAGGUGCUUGGAAUGUGGGAAGAGCUUCAGCCGGAGCACCACCCUCCUCAGCCACCAGCACAUCCACACUGGGGAACGACCCUACACGUGUGGGGAAUGUGGAAAGAGCUUCAGACGAAGCUCCACCCUCCGGAAACACCAGCAGAUCCACACUGGGGAACGGCCCUACAUGUGUGGGGAAUGUGGGAAGAGCUUCAGGGACAGCUCCAACCUCCUCACCCACAAGCGCAUCCAUACUGGGGAACGGCCCUACACAUGUAGGGAAUGUGGGAAGAGCUUCAACUGCAGCUCCCACCUACGCAACCACCAUCGUAUCCACACCGGGGAAUGGCCCUACGCGUGUCAGGAGUGUGGGAAGAGCAUCAGUGACAUCUCCACCCUUCACAGUCACCAGGGCAUCCACACUGGGGAACGACCCUACACGUGUGGGGAGUGUGAAAAGAGCUUCAGGACGAGCUCCAGCCUCCUUGCCCACCAGCGCAUCCACACUGGGGAACGGCCCUACAAGUGUGGAGAAUGUGGGAAGAGGUUUCAGACCAGCUCACAUCUCCUCCAGCACCAGUGGACACACACGGAUGAGAGGCCCUUCCACUGCACCGACUGCGGGAAGGGCUUCAACCAGAAUGGCAACCUCAUCUUCCACAAACUCAUCCACACCGGGGAACGGCCCUACAAGUGCUUGCAAUGUGGGAAGAGGUUUCAGACCAGCUCACAUCUCCUCAGGCAUGAGCAGACGCACACGGAUGAGAGGCCCUUCCGCUGCACCGACUGCGGGAAGGGCUUCAAGCAGAAUGGCAACCUCGUCACCCAUCAGCGCAUCCACACCGGGGACAGGCCCUACAAGUGUGGGGAGUGUGGGAAGGGCUUUGCCCAGAGCUCUGCCUUGACAAGACACCAACGGACCCACCGGUAAGAGAAGUGCUACGAGUGCCCCGACUGCGGGAAAAGCUUUGACUGCUGCUGCAACUCCAUCAGCCAUUGAAGGACCUCCAUUGGGUGAUCCGCAGGGACCCACGUUGGACACAGACCUGUUAACCCACGUUCCAGGUGAUCCAUGCUGGGCAUACACCUGGUGACCUCUGUGUCCUGCCCCUGUCCCAACCCCCCUGACAGUGAGGGUGACCCAGGGUCUUGUUAACUGAUCCCUUGGGGAAGAUUAGAGUUAGUUUAUCUAUAUAUCUAUCUAUAUAUGUAGGGUUCAGUUUAGAUCAAUUUUGUUUCCCUGUAAAGUAGGUUUGGGGCAGUUUUGGCUCCUGUCUAUAGUGAUAAAAAACCAUAAAAAUAACACUUCCUUUCUCUGGCUCCUAGCCCAGCCUGUCCCCUCCAGGGGUGGGUGCUCCUCCCCUUCCCCGGGUGGUUCC